UUAAAAAAAAAGUAGUCAUGAAUGGAGUCGUUGUAUGCUUAAAUCAACAUGACUAAUUUUAUAAAACAAAAACAUCAGUAAUCAGGAUAUAAAUCAAGAUGAAAGAUAAUAUCAUACUUCAUUAAGCUCACACAACUGUGAUUCAAGUUAAUCACACGUGCUACGUGUGAAAAAAAAUACGUUUAGAGAUAUGCAAACCACAAAUACUUAAAUAUGGCCGAUCUGAUAAAGUGUGGUAGUAGUAUCUGCUUAGUAAGUGAUUCUUGCACACUGCUAUAUUUUCACCACAACUUGGGAUAGGUUGGGAUUUUGAGGAAGUUAGAAAAAUGUGCAAAAAUAAAGAUAACUGAGCAUUUAUCAGUACUCGGUGCUGAGGUUACCAAUACGAACAUCGCACACAUUUAUUCUGUCGUUCAUCGUGAAAUUUAAUCAGUUUAGCUCAAGUCGGUAAGCGAUUAGGAACGACAAGUUGCUGAGCAAGAAUUUUCAACAACAUCAUGAACUCAAAGAUAUUAAUUGUGGGCGCCGGAGCAGCUGGCAUUGCCGCGGCUACACGACUAUUCCGUAAGGGAUUUCGAAACUUGGAAAUCUUGGAAGCAACCAAUCGGAUUGGUGGACGGGUUCAUACCGUUCCGUUUGGAGCCAACGUGGUUGAUUUGGGUGGCCAGUGGUGUCAUGGGGAGAAGGACAAUGCCGUGUUCGAACUGGCUGGUCCGUUGGGAUUGCUGGAACCAUCCGUUGUGGCUGAGGAGAAUGUAAUAAUCCGAAGCAACGGUGAGUUGGUUCCGCAGGAAGUUACUGAUCGGUUGAUGGAGGUGGCUUUUGGGAUUAUGGAAUUGGAAGAAAUUAAAACGUACCAAGGAACGCUUGGAAAGUUUGUAACGGACCGGUUUAGAGAAGCGAUGGCCGAGGCCAAUAACCAGGACAUUGACGAAGAAUUGAUCCAGCAGUUUCUGGUGUUCUUCCAUAACUACCAGCGAGGCUACAUCGCGAUGGACUCGUGGAAUGAACUGUCUGCAGCUGGAAGUGCUGCAGACGAGGAAUGUGAAGGCGAUCAAACGCUUAGUUGGAAAGGAAAGGGAUACAAGAGCGUUCUGGAGUUACUUAUGAACAAUCAUCCUGUCCAAACUGGUGAACCAAUUCCAAUACAAGAUUUAAUUAAAUUCAACAAAUUUGUAACCAAUAUCAACUGGAGUAACGAACCAGACGGACCUCCCAUAACCGUAACUUGCGCUGACCAAUCGCAGCACGAAGCUACGCACAUAAUUGUGACAACAUCCAUUGGUGUUCUCAAGGAAAAUCUUGACUCCAUGUUUAGUCCUCCGUUGCCGUCCUCCAAACAAAAUGCCAUCAAGGGAAUCCACUUUGGAACGGUGAACAAGAUCAUCAUGGAGUUCACGACGCCAUUUUGGGAUGACAUCGGUAACACUUUUGGCCUGUUGUGGAAUGCUCAAGAACUGGAGCAACUGCGAGGUUCCCCAUUAGCUUGGACCGAGGGCGUGUCCGUGUUUUUCAAGGUGGAUCAUCAGCCAAAUCUACUGGUUGCAUGGAUAAUCGGUCCAGAAGGUCGUCAAGCCGAACUGCUGUCCGAUGAUCAGGUUAUUGAUGGAAUGAUGUUUCUACUGAAAAAGUUCUUCAAGAAUAAAACUAUUGAAAGGCCCAUCAACAUGAUCAGAUCAAAAUGGUCCAGCGACAAAAAUUUCCGGGGAUCCUACUCCAGCGUUUCGUUGGCCACGGAGGCGCUAAAGACGGGCCAUAGCGAGAUGGCUGCGCCGGUGUUGGCGGAAUCUACCGGAACGCCAGUGCUUCUUUUUGCCGGUGAAGCCACCAACGGGGAACACUUUGGAACGGUCCACGGAGCGAUCGAAAGUGGGUGGCGUGAAGCUGACCGGAUCAUCAAAUAUUACAAGGAUCAAGGAUGUUGUGAAGCUCUGUAAUAUUUGUUUUUUUUUUAUAACAUUGAAGAUAUAUAGAAUGUGUUGCGUCAUUUUCAUAUUGAAC